AUGGGAGAAUCAAGUGCUAGUGGAAUUGAAAUUUCUGCCAGUACAGAAAAUGCUCCUAAGCCACUACUCGGAAUGAAAUUUAAUACUUAUGAAGAAGCUUAUAACUAUUAUAACCAUUACGCAUUGUUGAUGGGUUUUGGAAUAAGGAAGAGCACAGUAAAUUACUCGAAGAAGACAAGAGACGUGCUGGAUAGAAAGUUUGUUUGUGAUAAGGAGGGCUAUAGAUCUAAUAGAGAUAAGAUGGAGAUGCCUUUUCGGCGAGAGACCCGAGUGGGAUGUAAGGCAAUGAUGAGAGUUAAAAUAUUAGAGGACAAAUCGUGGGAGGUCACGGGGUUUGUUGAAGAACAUACAAAUCAUGUGUUGAGUAGUCCAGACAAAGCAAAGAUGCACAGAUCACACCAACAAUUCCAUAAAUCUCAAAGUUGUAAAAGACUUAUUGAGAGUCUGCAAGAAGAAGGUAUGCCUCCAUCCACUAUUUCUCGCGUCAUUAACGCAACCACUGGAAGAGAAGGCGAAUUAGUGACACCACAACAGUGUAUUGAUCACAUCAGAUACCAGAGAGUCAACAAUAUUGGCCAUGAAUGCAUAUCUAUCAUAAAACAUUUUCAGAGUAUGUCAGCGAAUGAUCCAGAAUUCUAUUUUGCAAUAGAAGUGGACAAUAGUGGACAAAUGAGGAGUGUUUUCUGGGCUGACGGGAGAUCAAGAGCGUCUUAUUUGCAAUUCAGUGAUGUUGUUGUGUUUGAUGUGACAUACAGAACUAAUAAGUUCAGUCUUCCAUUUGCUCCAUUUACUGGUGUGAAUCAUCAUAGACAGUCCACUUUACUUGGUUGUGCAUUAUUAGCUGAUGAACAAGAAGAUACCUUUGUGUGGUUAUUUGAAGAAUGGCUGAAAUGCAUGCAUGGGGUUGAACCAGGUGCUAUUAUAACAGAUCAGGAUAGAGCCAUGUGUAAUGCUAUUCACUCUGUGUUUCCACUGACAAGACAUCGUUAUUGCUUUUGGCACAUGCAAAAGCACAUUACUGAUCAUUUGCCUACUUUGGUUUCUCGUUAUGGUGAACAGUUUCAAAGGUAUUGGGGCUUAUGGUGUAAUAGUUCUUCAAUUGAACAGUGUGAAGGAUAUUGGCUAGAGAUGAAGGAGAAGUUUGAUAUAAAUGAAGAAGGGGAUGGAUGGUUGCAAACUGUUUACAAAUAUCGAGAACAUUGGGUGUCAUGUUAUUUGAAGGACACUUUUUUUGCUGGAAUGAGAUCGAGCCAAAGAAGUAAAAGUAUUAAUGCAUUUUUUGAUGGGUAUGUUAACUCACAAACUCAAUUACACGAGUUUGUAUUACAAUAUGAAAAAGCAUUAACUCAUCGUCGCUUAAGUGAAGCUCAUGAAGAUUUUAAGAGUCUUAACACAAAGUCUGUCAUGCUCCUUGGACAUCCGAUUGAGGUCCAAGCUGGAGAAAUGUAUACACGCAACAUGUUUGAUGUGUUCCAAACCGAAUUCAAAGGAUUUGCUACAGAGUUUUGUGAAGAAUUAAGCAAAGAUGGGGAUAUUUUGAAUACAAAGAUUUGUAAGUUUGCAGAUAGAGAAAAAUGGGAGGUGGUUACUUAUGAAGAAUCCAGUAAGAUGCAAUUCAUUUGUUCUUGUGCUUUGUUUGAAACUAAUGGUGUUGUAUGUAGACAUAUAUUAUCACUAAUGAUGGCUAUGCAAAUUUCUUCAUUACCUGAUCAUUACAUCCUACACCGUUGGACUAUACAUGCUCGACAUCGUAACAUUGGGGUUGGCAAUAUUGUAUUUGGAAGAAACAUCACAAGCUGUGAAGAGAAGAUUAAUUUGUUGAAAUCUUGGGCUUUAAGAGCAAAAUUCAAUAAUGCGCUCGAGCUUGCAUUUGAUUCAGAAGAGAGGAUGCAGAAAUUAGAUAAUGUGUUAACAAAAUUCAUAGAAUCACUUGAAGAAGAAGUUAGAGAAACAGAAGAUAAUCCUCAGAUUUCAGCACCCAUUUCACAUACAAUGGAGCACAUUCCUCAGAUUACAGUUCGUGAUCCUGAAAAAUCUGCAAGGACUAAAGGUCGGCCACGCAAUGCUACUAGAAUUCAGUCAGGCUUAGAACAAGCACAAGGAAAAAAAGAGAGGAAGAAGCGUAUAUGUAGCAGAUGUGGUGAACUCGGGCAUUAUAGAACUAGCUGUAAAGUCAAUUUGCCAAGAAUUGGUUACCCUACUUGCCCUUUGAUAGCAUAUAGAUUUCCUAUUUUGAACUUGCCCUUUGACAGUCAUAAUAGCAUAUUGAGUAAGAGCAACAAGAAAUCUGCAAGCUGGGAUAACUUUUGA